AUUUCACAAAUUUUAAUGAUGGAUGAUUUUCACAAUUGUUCUUGAUUACAACUAGACGUGAGCAAAUUAAAUUCUACACAUGCUAGUCGAAUUAUCAAAGCAAAAUAAUUAAACCAAAACAAACAACUCAAAGGAGACAAUGUUAAUCAACUAGUCGGUUUUGCCCUAAGUGGAAGCUUGAAACAUGAAAUUUCCAAGCCACUUCCACUAGUACUACACGUGAGUGAUUACCAAGGGUUAGAUAUACCUGACCAGCUUCUUAAUACUCCCUCCAAGAUUUACAAAUUGAUUGAACUUUAAAAAGAAAAUGCAAGAAAUUAAACUAAUCCUAAAACAAAGUUGUGACGGUUUUAGUGACCACUUUAGUGAUGGAUUUUUCAAUCAAAUUUUCAAGCACUAGUUUGAGUGCUUCAAUCCGCCACCAACCCUGCUCCUUGAUGCUCCUUGAUCCUGCACAAAUAACACAACCAAUAGAUGAACUUAGGUUGCACACAAGAUGGAUGGAAAGAUCUCUCUUGUGAUGGUAAGUUUAGUAGGUUUAGGUCACCAAUUUAGGUCAAAAUUUUAAGUCCUUUUGUCUCAAAACUCCAUUCCUACCAUUGUUGAGUCAAUGUUUGGUUCUUAAGCUAGGGUUUGAGGCCACUUCCAGCAAAGAAAUUUGAACAAAGAAAACAUAGACAAACAACAAAAGCACAAUUUAGAAAGCUUAUACCAAAAUUGAAGAAUCUAAGUGUUUAAGACAAGACUGAAAGAAAGCCAAGGAUUAAAGAUGAAAAUUAAGACUUCAAAGAAGGCUAGCACUCAAAGAGAAAGUUCCUAGAUAAGCACUAGAAUGGAUUAACAAAACUAAAAAGAAAUGGAAACAAUCAUCAAAGAAUUUAGGUCAAAGCUAGUAGAUCUUUUCAAAACUUUUGGUUUUCAAUUCUCGGCUUUUCCUUUUUGUGUUUGUGUUUUUUUUUUUAAACCUUUUUAUCUUUCUGGAUUUUUAAUGUUUUUCCAGAGAAAGUGAAUUGCCUUUUACACCAAAAUUCCUCAAAAUGAUUGAAUACAAUUCGGAUCUACUAGAAUUGAACCAUUUUCAAGCAACAACUCAAAUUCUAGUGCACUAGUUUUAGUGAAAUGUUUUUGGAUCCUUUUGCACUUGUUUUUAUUUUUUAUUUUUAAACUAUUUUGAAGUGUUUACUCUGUAUUUUUCUCUGUUUUUAUCAACCAAUUUUCCAGAAUUUAGAUCCACAAUUAAUCAUGCACUAGAAUUAGGUUUAUCACUUUAAAAUUUCAAGUAACAAUUAUGGCAACAAGAUUUGCAAUGGAAUUUAAAAAUUUGAAAACUCUAGACACAAUGGAAACCUAACUCUAGGAGUUCACCAAUGAUCUACUAGUGAACAUGAACUCAAGUAUGUAAAGAAAAAGCACACAAGCAAAGGCACAUUUAGAAGAAAUAAGUCUCGGCCAAAACUCAACAAAACUUGAAUUCAAAUUUUUCAGCACAUAUUACAAGCACAUCUUGAAUGAUUUUGACAUUUUAAGCAAUUACACUUGACUAGACAAAACUUAAGAUUCAAAAAUCAAAAGACCACACAUGCAUAUGACUCCAAAUGACCGAAACAAUUUAAGCAAAAGAUGAAUGACUCAAAUCAAAGAAAACAAUAGCACAAGUUGAAUCCUAGUUACUAUUGAUUGCGGAUUGAAAAUCAAAGUGCAAUCAAUAAUUGGAUCUAUAGAAAAAUUUGUUUUCAAAAAUGAUAGAUCCAAGAAGAAACUCAAAUUGUGACACAAUGAACACAAGAACACAGAAAAUCAAUCGGUCAAAAGAUGUACUUAUCUUCAAAGAAAAAACCGUGCUCUAGAUACCAAAAAUGAUGGUGGAGUUUAUGAAGAAGUGGAUGAUUUGCUUCUCCUUUCCUUCACCAAGCGUAGGAUCAACUUCUUUGAAAUGUGCACCAAUUGAAAGAAGCUUAAGAUGAUGAAGAAGAUGAAUUGGAGUUCCUAGGCUAGAGAUGGAAGUGCCCUAGCGUAAGACACAAAGGAAAGCUCACUUCAAAAGUAGGAAAGUAAAGUAGGGUUUCCUAGUUCUAAUGAAGGCUCUCGGUGACCUUUGAAGAAGAAUUGGCUGAAGAAAAUUCAGAGAAUUCUUAUUUCAUUUCAAAAGUGCAAGUACAAGGCUUAAGGUGUGCAUUUAUAGUGGCAAACUUGUAAUUAAUUAGAAAAUAUAAGCAAAUUUACAUCGGUUCUUCCUAAAACCGAUGUAAAUACUUCAUUUCUACAUUGGUUUUAGGAAAAAACGAUGUAAAUUUGGUUAUAUUUACAUCGGCUCACGGCAGUCAGGAGGCUCGGCAAUGCCGCGAGGGAGUGCCUUAAGGCUGUGAAGUUGGACCCUGCUUAUGUCAGAGCUCAUAAGAGACUUGCUUCACUUUAUCUUAGGUUUUGACAGGUUGAAAAUUCGCGGCGGCACUUGUGUCUCUAUGGGAUUCACGAGGAUCAAUCUGAGGAGCAGAAGCUAUUGUUAUUGGAGAAGCAUUUAAAUCGUUGUGCUGAUGCAAGAAAAUUUGGUGAUUGGGAGAUGGCGCUUAGGGAAUCAGAAGCAUCCAUUGCUGUUGGAGCAGAUUUUUUGCCUCAGCUGUUUGGAGUUUUCAAAAUGCAACUAAACAAGGUUGCUAAGAAAGCUGGUGGAGGCUUGAAGAAGGCUAUUGAUUUCUACGAGGAAGUGAAGGCAAAGCAUCCUAAGAUUACAUAUGCAGACCUCUACCAGGUGAAAACUGAAAAUCGUAGAAUGGGGUUAAUGGACUUCUAAAUUUGCCUGGGAUGUGCAUGAUAAUUGAUUCAGGUUUCCGUUUUCUGCCAUGUUCAAUUAAAAUUACUCUUUUUGUACACCAUUUUUAUUCAGAGUCAUGGAUAUGCUGCUAGGCUUUGGUUUUUCCGUAGUGUUAGGUGGGGUUAGUUUAUGACUCUUUUUCUUUUUUGUUAAUUGAUCGAUUGAAUUUUAGUAUGAAGAGGACGAAUGAAUAUUAAGAGUUGCAGACUUAACAUGCCUAGUGAUUUAGUGCCUUGUUACACUUGAAACUCGUCCUCUUAUACCUGCUUUGGACUAGUGAUGUAGUGCUUUGUUAC